AUGGAUCUACUGGUCUCUUUGCGUUUCAGAAUGGAUAAAUCCUGGAUGAGUACUGAUAGAACGAAGAAACGUUAUAGAGAAGGAGUUGCGGCGUUUCUGCGGUAUGCUGUCAACCAUCUCAAGGAGGAGGGUGAGACAUAUGAUGAAUUUCUUAUGUUGUGUCCGUGUACAAAUUGUUUAAAUCUCUGUGCAUGCUCCGUUGGCGACGUAGAAGAUCAUUUAUUCGUAAAUGGAAUCGAUCAAACGUAUACUAUUUGGAAUAAGCAUGGGGAAAAGGAUGAGGCAAUAACUAGUAGUAAGCCAGUUAACGUCAACAAUGGUAUGCACGCUGAAUUUGAAAUGGGAACUCCCACUGAUGCUCCAGACGAAGAUUUUGGAAUGGGAACUCCCACUGAUGCUCCAGACACUAUAGAUAUGAUGCAGGCUGCAGAAGAGUUCGCAGAUGACCCUAUAAAGUUUAAAAAGUUACUUGAAAAUGCUGAAAAGCCCUUAUACGAAGGAUGUCCCAACUUCACAAAGUUGUCUGCAAUUGUGCAGUUGUUUAAGUUGAAGAGUAAGCACGGUGCAUCAGACAUGUUUUUUAAUGAAUUGUUACCCUUGUUAAAGGACAUGCUUCCCAAAGAAGCACCCAGAUGGAAAGUUGACAGGGAUGGUAAAGUUUACGAGAAUGUUCCAGCAAAGGUAUUGUGGUACUUCGACAUCAUCCCAAGAUUUCAGCGGCUGUUUCAAUCGAAGCACACAGCAAAAGAUUUGAUAUGGCACGAUACCACUAGAAACAAAGACGGUGUUUUACGUCAUCCGGCAGACUCACAUGCUUGGAGAGAGAUAGAUAACAAUUUCCCAGAAAUUAAAGGUGAUCCAAGAAAUCUGCGGUUAGCUGUUUCGGCUGAUGGAGUUGAUGGAAAGAGAACAUGGGAUGCAUAUGCCCAAGAAAUGUUUACUCUACGUGCAGUUGUUUUGUGGACGAUAAACGAUUAUCCUGCUCUUGGUACACUAUGUGGUUGUCGCUACGCUGGAUAUCAUGGUUGUGUGGUGUGUCGUAAAAAAACGCACAGUAUUAGGCUUCAUGACUCAAACAAGAAUGUUUAUGUUGGUUAUAGAAGAUUUUUACCCUAUGAGCAUCCGUUCAGAAGGCAGAAGGGGGCAUUUGGCGGAAAACAAGAGUGGGAGACUGCUCCAGAACCAAUGACCGGGGAAGAAUAUAUGAGGAGGUAA